UUCUCCUCCUCUUAUUGCAGCAUCUCAGCAGCAAUGGACGUCUCUUCUUCGUCUGUGUGUCCCCUCCUGGUCCUCCUCCUGGUCCUCCUGUCCUCGCUGUCCUCUGGUUCCUCCUCCAUGUUGUGUCCGAAGCGCUGCACCUGCCAGAACCUCCUCCCAUCUUACACCGUCCUCUGCGCCAAGACGGGCCUCCUGUUCGUUCCUCCCAACAUCGACCGGCAGACGGCCGAGCUCCGUCUGAUGGACAACUUCAUCACCACGCUGAGACACCGGGACUUCGCCAACAUGUCCAGCCUGAUCCACCUGACGCUGAGCAGGAACACCAUCAGUCAGAUCCGACCGUACGCCUUCGCAGACCUCCAGGACCUUCACGCCCUCCACCUGGACGCCAACCGCCUCACCGUCCUGGACGACGCCCACUUCCAGGGUCUGGUCAACCUGAGACACCUGAUCCUGGCCAACAACCAGCUGCACAGCAUCUCAGAGGGGGCUUUUCAGGACUUCCUGGAGACCCUGGAGGACCUGGACCUGAGCUACAACAACCUGGUGGACAUCCCCUGGGAGACGGUGGCCCUGCUGGUCAGCGUCAACACCCUGAGUCUGGACCACAACCUGAUCGAGAGCGUCCCCGAAGGCAUCUUCUCCAACCUGCACAAGCUGGCCAGGCUGGACAUGACAUCCAACAAGUUGAAGAAGAUCCCUCCAGACCCGCUGUUCCUCAGGAUCCCUGUCUACGCCAAGAUGAAGGGUUCUCCUCUGACGGCGCUGGUUCUGAGUUUCGGAGGAAACCCGCUGCACUGUAACUGUGAACUGGUUUGGCUUCGUCGACUGACCCGAGAGGAUGAUCUGGAAACCUGCGCUUCGCCCAAAGACCUGGCCGGGAAGUACUUCUGGACCAUCAGAGAGGAGGAGUUUGUCUGCGAGCCGCCCAUGAUCACUCGCCACACCUCCAAGAUGUUCGUGAUGGAGGGCCAGGAGGUCAGUCUGCGCUGUAAGUCCAUCGGAGACCCCGAACCGUCCACCCACUGGGUCAGUCCGGACGGGAAGCUGAUCGGAAACACGUCCAGGACCGUCUGCUACGAGAACGGCUCGCUGGACAUCUUGAAGGCCUCUGUCAAGGAUUCAGGAAAGUUCACCUGCAUCGCCUCCAAUGCUGCCGGAGAGGCCACGGCUCCCGUUGAGUUGGUCGUCAACCCGUCUCCGCACUUCGACCCGAAGCUGGACCCCGAUCCGGGACCGUCGGACAUCCCCACGUCCAUCAAGUCCAACAUCAGUGGGGGCCAGGCCCGGGUCGACCAGCAGAGGGUCAGCGUGUCCGACCUGACGUCCAGCUCCGCUACCAUCCGCUGGCCUCCGCAGAACCACAUCCCAGGAGUCCGGAUGUACCAGAUCCAGUACAACAGCUCCACCGACGACAUCCUCAUCUACAGUCUCCAAGGAAAAGCUCGAGACCCUCGGCGGAAUUCAGACGGCAGACAGGUGGAGACGGAAAAACAGAGGAACGUGAUGAUGGAAGAUGGGAUGAAGGCUGACGGAUCCUGCUGGGAGAUCAGCGGCGAGGAGGACGUGAAAACCUGGAAUGAAAAGAGCCGAUGGAAAAAACAAAAAGAGGAACAAAACGCAAAAAAUAGACAAAAAACACAAGACAAAACAGAAACACAAAAUGACAACAACGUAAAAGAAAAUGAGACGACAGGAACCAAAACAAAAAAGAGACAAAAAAUUGACAAAAAAGCUACAAAGCAACAAAAAAUGGACAAACGACACAACAAAAGACACAAAAUGACAAAAAUGAGACAAAAAUGGUAAAAGCGAGAAGCAAAACAACAAAAAAUAGGCAAACAGCACAAGCGAGACAAAAAGGAAACACAAAACGACAAAAAUGAGAAACAAAACGACAAAAACGAGACAAACGACAAAAAUCAGACCAAAAAAACAACAAAAACAACACAAAAACAAGACACAAAACAACAAAAAAGAGACAACAAAUUGGACAAAAAAUUACAAAGCGACAAAAAAAUGGACAAACGAGACAAUAAAUGACAAAAACAAGAAACAAAAUGACAAAAACUGCGGCAAAUGCCAGACAAAAAAAGACAAAAAACAACAAAAAACAAGACAAAAUAUUACAAAAAUGAGACACAAAAUGACAAAAGAACAAUCUAGUGUUUUACUUUAUGAUCCAAACAACUUGUCAUGAUCUAGAAAUUAUUUUAAAUUUAUAGAUUUACUAAUUUACAAUCUGCAGUUAAUGUCUUCUCUGUAAUUUUUACACAUUGAGGACCAGAUUGGACCCUCUGGAGGACCACUUUUGGCCCACAGGCCUCAUGUUGGACACCCCUGCAUUUUAGAGAGUUUUUGAUCAGAUUUUUUAGCUGCUAAUCUCCAGAUGUGGAUUUUAGAGAGUUUUUGAUCAGAUUUUUUAGCUGCUAAUCUCCAGAUGUGGAUUUUAGAGAGUUUUUGAUCAGAUUAUUUAGCUGCUAAUCUCCAGAUGUGGAUUUUAGAGAGUUUUUGAGGCUCUCAUGUGGCUCCGUCCGGCCACUCAGCCGCCAUUGCCUAGCAACCCCGUCCAGGAUGCAUAAUGGAGUGUUAUUGUGGAGUGGUUGGAGGGCCGACAGAUGACAGUUUGAAACGUCCAAGGCUUUAAUUCCUGUUUUAACCUCAGAGUAAAUCACCGCUUUCUGGCCAGAACACUCUGGAUAUUUUAUACGGCGCUCCAUGAGGGUGACGUGGUUGUUUUAUUUUUUAUUACGACGGCUGAACAGAAACGAGAAGUCCUGGAAUGCACCGUUUGAGUCCAAAUGCGACAACAAAGCAUCUGUUAUCAGCCGAAUGAAGCCAUUUUGUGGUCUGAUUUUGUUGGGUUUAGGUACAAAAACAAGUUUAGGGGUUAAAUUACACCAACAUUAAACUUUAACCUCAUUUUCACAUUGGAAAACUGACAGUAGAGGACGUAACAAGGAUUCAGAUUUCACCACCAUUCCCUCCAUUGUCUUAAAAUGAUGGAACCCUAGUAACACAUUUUGAAGGAAGAAGAAGAAGAAGUCGUAGUGAGAAGCCAAAGUUUAUUAAGAAGUUUGAAUAAUUAGGGGUCUGUUGAAAAUUUUAAUGAGAACAACAUAAUAUAAUAACCACACAGUUAAGAUUAGGGGAAAAUGAUAGUUGUUAUUAAAGACAAUUACACUGAAACUAUCAAUCAGACGUAUUAUUGACCCAUCUAUCCACUCCAACCUCCUCCCUGAGCUAAUUUCUUUACAAUGAGUUAUUUGCUGCUUUCUUAAUAGAACUAAAGUGGCAAAAUGGAAAAUAAAUUACAAGAACCGACCAUGAUACACAAAAAUCACAGUCAUGAUUAAAGAAACUGAUGUUUAUCGGGCAUUUUUUUUUGACCCAUCCAUCCACCCUGACCUCCUCACUGAUGUAUUUUCUUUACAAUGAGCUGUUUCCUGCUUUCUUCAUACAACUUUUUGACAGAUUUGUUACUUUAAAAUAAUCUAAAAUCAUCUUUUGGCGCUGUGCUGUUUAUUGUUCCAAAUAUGUAAUUCAGAGAUUAAAAAGAUUUUUUUUACAGCUACAGGAUCAUAAACUCGGCCAAAUGAGCAACAAAAGUGUCAUCAAUCAGUGAUUAAAUGCUUUUUAAAUCCAAAUAUAAUCAACUAAAACACUGUUAAAGAGAAUCAUAAAAAGAAAAGCUCAUUUAGUGAGACCCAGAUUAGUCAUUUAGUGAAACAGGAAGGACUUAUUUUACUUCUGACAGGUACCUGAGGUGUGCAGGUGUUUGUUUCUGUGUAUUUUCUGCAGUUUUACCCGUCGGUUCUCAGUUCCUGUGGUAACGUUCCGUCCUCUGAGGCAGCCUGAGGCGCCGACGUGCAGCUUUUCUUCUCUUCUAAAGGUCAACAGUUUGAAAACCAGAGUUCAGGGUGGUGAAAUAAAAUAACUGCUGCUGUUGUUCCUGGAGAACCCAGAGCUGCUGCAGCAGAACAUUAGAAAUACAAACAGCUCGACGUAGGGAAGAACUGCACUGCAAAAACUCCAAAUCUCACCAAGUCUAUUUGUCUUAUUUUCAGUCAAAAU